UUAUGCAUAUAUCUGUCUCGUUUUGCAAGGCUAAUGUAACACACAUAUUGACCCAAACCAGCAAAAGUAGGCCAGUGAGCCUCAUUUGAAUUUGUUUCUCUAGGCCACUGAAGUGUGCUGUAGACACUGCCAGGCCAGUGCUGAGCGGAUUCAAGUCACAUGACCGAUAUCGACGAAUCAGAGCCACCCGGACCAAGGACAGCUCAAUCCAGCGUGUGCAGUAUGAGACUUGACAGGAGCCUGAAAGUGUAUGUGAGGGGGGCUGAAUAAGGGGCUUAUCCGGGGGGGGGGUGUAUCACAGGACUGCACAGACCAAUACAAUGCCGAACAAGUCGAGAAAAGACAAGGAUUCAUCAAAGUCUGGGAAAUCCAGCAAAAGUGGGAGCAAACACCAAAACAGCCAUGACUCUGAAAAAGAGGGCUCCAAUAAGAGAAGCAGCAGUGCGCCCCCCGCUGCCCAGCUGAUGCGGGUGAAGCAGUCUUCCUCCCAGGGUGCACUGAAGAAAGAGAGGAGGCUAAGCGCGUCUUGUUUUCUCAUCAGCACCAACAGAGAGCUGCACAAGCUGCUAACCUUCAAAGGUACACAAUUAGGUCAUUUUAAGCUGUUGCUGUGUUGAGAAAGGAGGAGGAAAAACUU